AUGAGUCCUCCCUCAGUAUACGGUCCCACGAGUGCAACGCUCCCGAGCUCCAGCUUGGACGCGAAUCCCCUCGUUGACUCUGCCGCCGUGCAUGGCCUGGAUGAUGAUGAUUCUACUCUCAAGACUGUGGACGAGCUGGUCCGCCGGCGCGCCCGGGCUUAUCCUGACAAAGUCGUUGUGUCUUACCCCUCGUCGGGUAUCACAUACAUCGACUACACCAUGAGGCAGCUCGACGUCUUUGCGUACCGCGUUGCCAAGUUUUACGAGCAGCGCAUCCCCAGCCGCCUUACCUCGGAUGAGAAGCCCACAACAGUGGCCGUCCUCGGCCCUUCCAACUUUGACUACCUCGUCACUAUGCUGGCCUUAACUAAGCUGGGCCAUACGACGCUCUUCUUGUCAACGAGAAUCUCACAGGAGGCAAUCGAAUCUCUAAUUAGCGUCACCGGUGCCAAGUUCCUACUGGCAGACAAGAGGUAUCUCGAGACAGCCGAGGGUGCCAGGCAGACUCUGCCUCAUCUUGACAUCUUUGAGAUUGCCGCCCAGCCGAAGUUUGACUUCCCCAUCAAAGUCCACGCUGAUACCUGUCUGGAUUAUGGCCGCGACCUCUCAAUUGAGACCAACAACCUCAUCUACAUCAUUCAUUCCAGUGGCUCGACUGGCUUGCCCAAGCCCAUUUACCAGACGCAAAAGUCGGCCAUUCACAACUACUCAAACACCAUGAAUAUGAAGGCAUUCAUCACGCUGCCUUUGUAUCACAACCACGGCAUCUGCAACCUGUACCGUGCUAUCUACUGCGGAAAACCAAUCCACCUGUACAACGCGGAUCUCCCGUUGACCAGGGAGCACCUCACCAGCAUCAUGCGCAAGCACACCUUUGAAAUCUUUUACGGCGUGCCAUACGCACUGAAGCUCCUCGCAGAGACAGACGAGGGCAUGAACCUGCUCCGCCAGCUCAAGAUCGUCAUGUACGGCGGCUCCGCCUGCCCCGACGACCUCGGCGACACGCUCGUCAACAACGGCGUCAACCUGGUCGGCCACUACGGGGCAACCGAGGUCGGGCAGCUGAUGACGUCCUUCCGACCGCCCAACGACAAGGUCUGGAACUACGUCCGCGAGCACGAGAAGCUCACACCGUACCUCAACUGGAUUCCCCGCGGCCCGAACCUGUUCGAGUGCUGCGUCCUGCCCGGCUGGCCCGCAAAGGUCGCCACGAACCAGGAGGACGGGUCGUACUGCACGAAGGAUCUGUUCGAGCCUCACCCGACGAUCCCCAAAGCGUGGAAAUACAUUGCCAGACUCGACGACACCAUUACGCUCGUCAAUGGCGAAAAGUUCAACCCCGUCCACACGGAGGGCACGAUUCGCUCCAAUAAGAACAUCACCGAGUGCGUCAUCUUUGGAGUGGGCCGCCCGUCUCUCGGUGCUCUCAUCGUUCCGGCCGCGGCCUUGGCCGGCAAGACCGACGAUGAGGUCCUCGAGAUUGUGUGGCCAGUUGUUGAGAGCGCGAGCAAGUCCGUCGAGGCCUAUGCCCGCGUCUCCAAGAACAUGAUCAAGCUUCUUCCGUACGACUGCGCGUACCCCCGGACCGACAAGGGCAGCGUCAUUCGCCAGGCCUUUUACAAGCGAUACGCCAAGGACAUUGACGAGAUUUAUGACAACGCGGACGCAGCCAGUGGCGAACUAAAGAAGUUCAGCGUUCCGGAGCUCCAGGACUUUAUCCGCCACGGUCUCGUCCAGACGCUCUCCAAGAAGGUCCAGCUGGAUGACGAUACCGACUUCUUCUCACUGGGUCUCGAUUCCCUGCAGGCUAUCCAGAUGCGUUCUGAUAUCCUCAAGACAAUUGAUAUUGGCGUUCACAAGCUCGGGCAGACUGUCGUGUUCGAUCACCCCUCCAUCAACAAGCUGAGCGCUUACCUCUACAGCCUUGGCACUGGAGAGGGCAUUCAGGCCAAUGCUCCCGUCGAGAGCGAGAUGCAAGACCUCAUUGACAAGUACAGCAACUUCGGUCCUACCGAGUCGGCUCUUAGAUCAUCUGUUGCCGUCACCGGCGCAACUGGCUCCCUGGGUGCCCAUAUUGUCACGAAGCUUGCAGCCGACCCGAACAUUAAGGCCAUCUAUUGUCUCACUCGCGCCAGCUCCGACGCCGACGCAGCCCGUCGCGUCAAGAGCUCCCUCAUCCGGCGUAGACUUUACCACUCGCUGCCGGCUUCAUCCCGCAGAAAGCUGGUCGCGCUGGCCACCGACCUCGCCGACUCCAAGCUCGGCCUCUCCGAGGAAGCGUACCGCCAGGUCAAGAAGGAUCUCCGCCUUGUCAUCCACGCCGCGUGGUCCGUCAACUUCAACAUGCGCCUCUCGAGUUUCGAACAGGGCAACAUUGCGGGCGUCAACCAUCUCAUCGCCCUGUGCAAGGCAGCCGGCGACGUCGAGACCGGAGCUUCAACCCCCGCCUCUUUCAACUUCUGCUCGUCUGUGAGCACCGUCGCGCGCGCUACGACGCUUCCCGUCCCCGAGUCCGUCCCCGAUCUGGCGUGGGCUCAGGGUAUGGGUUAUGCCCAAUCCAAGGUCGUCGCCGAGCACAUCUGCGCCAAGGCAACCAAGGCCGGAAUCAGGUCCCGCGUCCUGCGCAUCGGCCAGAUUGUCGCAGACACCCAACACGGCGUCUGGAACGCGACGGAAGCCAUCCCCCUCAUGCUCCAGACAGCCAUCACCGUCGGAGCCCUCCCCAAGCUCCAGGAGACCCCUUCGUGGCUGCCCGUAGACACCGUCGCGCAGGGCGUCAUCGACAUCUCCCUCUCCGACGCCGACGGCGUCUUCGCCAAUGUCGCGAACCCCAAGAUGUUCAGCUGGACCGACGAUCUCCUUCCCGCCCUCAAGGCCGCGGGCCUGGAGUUUGAAGAAGUCGAGCCCAAGGAGUGGAUCCGGCGCCUGCGCGUCUCGAACCCAGAUCCCGCCGUCAACCCUCCCAUCAAGCUCGUCCACUUCUUCGCGUCCAAAUACGACAAGGACGAAUUCUCGCCGUCCAAGACAUAUGUCACCGACAACGCCUGCUCCCUCUCGCCCGCGCUCGCUCAGGCGCCCGUGUUGGACCAGCAGCUGGUCGAUAACUUUGUCAAGUACUUCAAGGCCAACCACUGGGUGAAGAAUAGCCAGGGAUCCGCCAAGACGGUCGUCAUGGUCGCAGGCCCCUGUGGCAGCGGCAAGUCUACGCUCGCUGCCUCGCUGGCCUCCUCGCUCAAGGCACCCUUCAUCGAGGGCGAUUCCCUGCACUCCAAAGCGUCCGUCGAGAAGAUGGGCCGCAACGUCGCCUUGACCGACGGGGAUCGGUCUUUGUGGCUUCGCCGCAUCGGCAUAAGAGCCUCCGAAGCCCUCGAGGAUCUUGGCUACGAUUCCGUCGUCGUCAGCUGCUCGGCUCUGAGGAAAUCGUAUCGUGAUACGCUGAGAAGCGUCUUUGCCGAGCAGGACGGCGUCAGGGUUGUGUUCCUUGACCUUCAGGCCAGCCCGGAAACCCUUGUUCAAAGAAUGGAUGAGCGCAAGGGUCACUACAUGCUGGCAAGUAUGGUGGAGGGACAGGUUGAGGUGCAUGAGGCUGCCGGUGUUGCGGAGUUGGAUGUUCUCCCCGUUGAGGCUGAGGGCAAGCCGGAAGAUGUGUUUGAAGACGCCAAGUGGUUACUUGAGCAAUUUGGAUUGAACUAA